AUGGCGUCGAUCCAUAUCCUGUUGAUGCCUGGCAUAUCAUCCUCCACGGUCUACUUAACACAACACGCAUUCCAUUCUUCAUGGCCCAUGUAUACACUUUUAUAUGCAGUGGGAUUGUCGCAACUAUAUGCUCACCGGCCAGAACCUGGGAGGUCAGCCGAUGAUGAUGACCACCUUCAAGUGAGCCAGAACCACAGACUUCAACAUCUUUAUAUUUUCUGGCCGGAAUUUAGUCAACCAGCAUCCAUACCAGCAUCCGUAACCUUGCAGGCGAUACGUGGGUUCUCGAUCUCAUAUGGGCCCUUGACCAUACGAGUAUCUAUUGGAAUUCGCGGGAGCGUUGACUUUUAA